AUGCAAGAGGAAGGGGAAAUUGACUUUCUGGCUCCUCGUAUUACAGAGCACUCACUCCAGGUACAACUUACAAGCAUCUUUGUCUUCCCAUGGCCUCCAUGUAUCUCAUCCCUCCGUCACUUGACCCAGACCAACGGGUGUGGAUGGCUGGACCAAGAUGCCGUUGGCUCGCUUGCUUCCCACCUCAGCCCGCGCCAGAGAUGGAAGCUUCAGGGGCGAGAGGCUGGACUCGGCUCGACCGUCAUCCUCUUCCAUGUGCUUUUCUCACCAAGCUCCUCCAAUCCCAAUCCCAAUCCCAAUCCCAAUGCCCAAGUGUUUUUGGCCGUCAGCGCGUUCGGACACACAUCAGCCUCCACUCCGAAUGUCUUGCUGCAUCUGCCGACCACCCUUCUGCAGCAGGGGAAUCCGGAAUCCUCUUGCGGCGAUAGCAUCAACGCGGGUACAUGGGACGACGGCGCCAGCCUCGGUACCGCAGUUGUGCUUGGCGAACUUUUGUCUAGCCCUCGAGCCGUUGACACUACUGUACGAGCACUGGGCUACCAAGCACCAUCAUCGACGUUUGCGAAAUUGGGAGGGGCUGGCAGUGGGAGAAAAAGCCGUCAAGACGAACAAGACAAGUACAAGAAGAAUGAGAGUCUCUGCAAAGCACACAUCAGCUCCAUUCCAGGCCUGUACUGUACAGUAACCAGCACGGACGGGCUCUCUCGUGCCAGUCAUGGGGUCCAGGGUUUCACCUUUUGGACGGGGAAGCGACGCGUGAGGGCUGACCUGACGCGAGACCCUGGACCCUCGUCUGCGCUGCGUUCCGGCCGGUACUUUGAAGCCAUGCGAGUGCACAGGUACUACCAAUAUUCUUCCCAUGCCCACCCCAAGCUGACACGGGACACGGGCCAAGCUGUAGCGGCCCACCGUCUUGGACUUGUUAUCGACGGGCCUUAG